ACUUCAAACGAUACAAAAAAAACGUAAUCUGUCAAGUAUUGUAAAGUAAUUUUCAAGUCACAUUGUUUUCAAACAGUGCAUAUAAUAUCUACCAUUUGAUAAUAAAACCUUCGUUAAAAAAUGGACAAUAUCAUCAGUGAUGAAGUCCUACCCAAUCAAGAAAUUGUAUGUCGGUUAAUUAUUGGAGAUAUAGAGAAUCGCCAUUUGAAGGGAUUUGUGGAAAUUACUACUCCUGGUGAAGCGAUUAUCAGAUACGCGCUUAUUGAGAUCUCAGGAAUCGCAACAUGUGAAUUUCCAUUGGAAAAGAGUUUGUUCCUCUUUCCCCGGUAUUACAGAAAAGGCUUACAAAUGAACGGAGAAGAAGUUUUCUAUUACACAAGGCAUACUUUAUGUGGUGGAAAUUUGGCUCAUAAACAUAAAGGGAUUGAAGGUUACGAGUUUUCUUGUGGCUGGCCUACGCGUAUUCCGGCGACUUGGAAUGGUGAAUACGGCUCUAUCAGAUAUUGGUGCAAAGUGACUGUGAUUGAAAGUUCGAGCGUUUUCAUUCACAAUCAAGAAAUAAUUGUUUCAAACAAAAGGGAUCUUGCCUUGGAACAACAUCUAAAGUUCGAAUCGCUGGUAAAAGUACACAGAUCCAUUAAUUUUCUGAAGCAUUUCGGAUACGUGGACGUAGAUGUCUGGACACCUUUCAGUGGCGUAGCCAUCAAACAGAGUAUACCUGUUUUAUGUACAAUAGAUAAUCACUCAAAUAUGCUAUUUGGUAGUAUUAUAUUCGUUUUGACGCGUCUAGAUAUAUUUAGGGCUCUCAGACCAUUUUCAAGGACCAAAGUUGUAAGAACAGAUAUUUGUCGGGUACCCAAAAUGGUGAAUAUCACACAAGGAAAAACUGACUAUUUCUGCAUUUUAGAAACAGAUGAGCACACUCUCCCAACCAACCAAUUUCCCAGUUGCACCUGUUGUCAAAUUGUUUACGAGCUCUGGGUAUCAGUGCAGGGAGCUUUCCCAAGAUAUGGACCCUGUGGAUAUCCCAGUAUUGAUACACCAGGCAUACCAAUAAUUAUAGGAACUGAACCAAUUCUCAAGUACAACAUUUCGAGAAUAACAGCUAACAUAAUGAAUAUAUUACUCACCCCUCAUAAUAACAUAGAAAUAACGGAUAAUGCACCUUUAGAUGAAGAAGUAGAGCAGUUACUUAAUAUUGUGGAGGAAGAACUGGAUGAGAAAACAAUUGAAAAUUUGAACAGACAAUUAGAGAGCAAAAAGGAGGAUGAGAAUGAAUUGAUUCAUAAAAAAAUAAUGCUGAACCUAGACACUAGUGAUAAAAAUUUUGAUGGAUCUAGUUUGCAAGAAACUACAAAAACUUAUUUUGAAACCACUGAUACAGAGUAAAAUAUCAACAUAUGUUAACAGAUUAGUUACAUAUUCUUUAAUAAAUUGCAGAGGGUAAUAUGGGGAA